AGUGGCUGGGAUAAGACGACCGUAUCUUGUGCAAUGGUCUCCUGGUAUAAUAUCUUUGCGGCGCCCUCAUAGCAGGAAGGUUUUCAUUUUCGGAAGCUUAUAGAUUAUAAAAGUGGAAAUAUUUAGUGAAACAAUUUUCUGAGCCCAAAAACAAAUAUUAUGGAGUCCAUUAAACACAAAAUGGAAGGCCUGAUUAAGGACCGUGAAGAUGCAAUAACGAAAGCUAUUGAAAUGGAAAAGGAAAAGACUGAUAUGGAAGAUAGAGCUAAAGAGCUUGAAGGUGAGAUUACCGCCAUUACAAAGAAAAUCAUUACUCUUGAAGAUGAACUUGAUAAAGUAACAGAAAAAAAUCGAAAAUCUCUGGAAAGUGUGGAAACCGCAGCAAAAGCAGCAUCAGACUUUGAACUUGAAGUCAACGCACAAACCAGGAGAAUGCAACUUCUUGAAGAAGAAAUGUCCAGAGUCAAUGAUCGACUCAGUGAAACGGUGGCAAAAUUGGAAGUUGCUGAAAAAGCUGCCGAGGAAAGUGAAUUGGGAAGGAAAGCUAUUGAAUCAAGAUCUUUCAAAGAUGAAGAAACAUUGGAGCUGCAAGAAAUUCAACUACGAGAUGCGAAAACAAUUGCAGAAGAUGCUGACAGGAAAUAUGAUGAAGUUCUCAGAAAGCUUCAUAUGGUGGAAAAUGAUUUGGAAAGAGUUAUUGAUCGAGCUGAAGAAGACGAAACGAAAGUGAAACAGACAGAAGAACAAUUGAGGGCGAUGCAAGAAAAACUAAAACGGAUGGAAAAUGAGGCAGUUAGGAACUCACAACAAGAAGAUACAUAUGAAGACGAAAUGAGAAUUCUGUCGGAGAAACUGAAAAAUGCCGAAACAAGAGCUGAAUUUGCUGAACGCACUGUCGACAAACUGGAAAAAACUAUCGAUUCUUUAGAAGAUCAACUGUUAGCCGAAAAACUAUCAUACAAAGGAAUCAGUGAAAAAUUGGACCAGACUCUUGGCGACAUGAUCACUCUGAAGUAAAACGAAGCCAUAGAACGAUUUCCAAACAGGAAAUAAAACGGCAUUUUUAUUUCUAAUUGCUUGUUUAUGUAUACAUUUAUAUUAUGAAAAUGGAUAUCAAAAGAUUGCAUGACCAUAUUAAAUU